UCAAGUUUGUUACUAAUGAUGGGACCCCAUGGGAGGAGAAAUCUGCUGUUGUUAGAUUGAGUGACAAAAUUAACAAGUCAAAACGCAAUAAGUUGUGGAGGAAGAGGAAGAGACGUCGUGUUGCUGAAUCACUUGCUAAGGAGGAGGAGCAAUUCAAGAAACUUGACCGAGAAGCUGAUGAAUGGAGGGCUAAAUAAAUUGCCAAGGAUAUGGCAGAACAAAAGAUCAAGAGGCUAAAUCCAUCAAAUAAACGAGUCACUACCUUAGCUGGGACUGGAAAAGCUGGUUUCAAGGAUGGUAAAUCUUUAGAGGCUCAGGGACGUAUUAUCCCCUGUGAUUUUAUAGGAAUUGCAAAAAGUCAGCAACCUGUAUAUCUCAAAGGUGAAGUAGUGAGUAAUCAUGAUGAGCUCAUGUCUAACUUCUUUGUACAGCCAGAUGCACUAGCUUAUGGGAAGACUCAAGAAGAGUUGCAGAAGGAGAACGUAUCUCCACAUCUUGUCCCGCACAAGACCUUCACUGGAAACCGUCCUUCUCUAAGCCUUUUACUUCCAUCUCUGACUGCAUAUAAUGUUGGACAGUUGCUGGCCAUCUAUGAGCACAGAAUUGCAGUUGAAGGUUUCGUAUGGGGUAUUAAUUCUUUUGACCAAUGGGGAGAUGAGCUAGGAAAGUCACUAGCAACUCAGGUUAGGAAACAGCUUCAUGCAUCUCGCACUAAUGGAGAAGCUAUCAAAGGCUUUAAUUUCAGUACUACAACAGCGCAGCAGAACAGAAACAGCAGAGCAGUCUGGAUUAUUUAAUUUUUUUUGGACGAAAGUUGUAAUAUUACAGACUUUUUUAAUGAAAAUAUGUAACUUUAUAUA